ACAACUCACUGCUGUCUCACGCAGUCCAAUAGCGACUAUUGAAUAGCAAACAGUGUUUGAGCGAGCUCCUUCCAUUCAUAGCAUCCUAGUACUUUUACUUUUGAACGCGUACAAAGUUUUUGUUGUUUGUAAAGAAAAUAACUCUUUAGAAAGUUUUUAUAGUUAAUGGAAGUUUAGUUUGACAAAAUGAAUAACGGGCAUACAUUUUUAAACAAAGUGCUUACUAUAAUUAAAGAGGAGACUGAAGAUAAUGUACCUCUUAUACAGUUUAAGCAUCCGGAGGAUUUAGAGAAAAUCCUGGACCUAUCCGUUUUAGACGGCGUCCCAGACGACCGCCUGGAAACCAUCGUGCGCCAAGUGCUCCAGUACAGCGUGAAGACAGGCAAGCCCACCUUCCGCAACCAGCUGUAUGGAGGCACCGACCCGUACAGCCUGGCUGGAGCCGUCAUAGCAGAGGCUUUUAAUACUAGUCAAUACACAUUCGAAGUCGCCCCAGCCUUCACUCUCAUCGAGCUGGAGAUCAUACGCCACGUGCUCCAUCUCUUCGGCAUCCCUAACGGCGAUGGCAUCUUCAGCCCCGGGGGCAGUAUCUCCAUGCUGUAUGCCAUAGUACAGGCCAGGUUCCAGAGGUUCCCGCAGGUCAAGAGAGAGGGCAUGUGGGGACUGCCAAGGAUGAUGAUUUUCACUUCUGAAGAUAGUCACUACUCCGUCCUAAAAGCGGCCCACUGGCUUGGCUUCGGCACAGAAAGCGUGCGGAUGAUAAAGACCAACCCCCAAGGCCAGAUGUUGGUCGAAGAGCUGGACAAAGCCAUCAAGGAGGAGGUGGCCCUGGGCCGAUGUCCGCUCAUGGUGAAUGCGACGGCCGGGACAACUGUGCUGGGCGCCAUUGACGACCUGACAGCUGUCAGUGAGGUGUGCGAGCGGCAUGGCGUUUGGAUGCAUGUGGAUGGCUGCUGGGGAGGUUCACUCAUAUUAUCAGAAAAAUACAGACACAUGUUAGCAGGCAUUGAAAGAGCCAACUCCAUCUCCUGGAACCCUCACAAGAUGGCGGGCGCGGUGCUCCAGUGCUCCUUAUUCCUGGUGCGUCGGCCCGCGCUGCACGAGGCCAACUGCGCCGCCGCCACCUACCUGUUCCAGCAGGACAAGUUCUACACCGUGCGGUACGACACCGGCGACAAGAGCGUGCAGUGCGGCCGGAAGACAGACGCAUUCAAACUCUGGGUGAUGUGGAAAGCGCGCGGCGACGCCGGUCUAGGCAGCCUCGUGGACAGGACUAUGAAUAUCGCCCAACACUGCCUGCGGGCCGUAUCCUCUCGACCUGGCUUCAGGGUGGUCUCUCAGCCGUUGAUGUGUCCUAAUGUGUGCUUCUGGUAUAUACCUGGCUUUAUGAGAGGGAAGGAGGAGGAUGAGAAGUGGUGGGGGCUGAUGCAUAAGAUAACUCCAAAGAUCAAGGAGCUGCUAACCCUCUCCGCUCGCCUCAUGGUGGCCUACACGCCGCUCAGACAACACAAGAACUUCUUCCGUCUGGCCUUCACCUGUCACCCGGAGGUGACCACGGAACAUGUGGCCGACAUGUUGGAGGCUAUAGAGGAGUGCGGGGAGAUGGUCACUUUGGAUAUGCUGCAGUAGAAAUGUACUAACCGCAGGAAAUGAUCACUUUGGAUACCUAUGCUGUAGAUGUCGUCGUUUUUUUUCAUGUUUGGUAUGUUUGGACCCGUUAUUGUCGUAUAUGGACGUAAUUGUAUUGUGUACUGAUUGGUGGAACGUGAAUUGAAUGAGUUUAUCUACGUCGAUAAAGAUGCCGUGCAACCCGGUCUGGUACAUGUACUUACUUCGGAAUGGCCAUAUGACGGGCGCAGAUCUAGAAAUUAAAAUGGAAAUGGCAGCCGUUACGUACAGUGGAAGUAGAAAGACAUACCUAUUGGUAUAUUGGGCGGGCUUGCAUGUAUCUGAUCGCCAUCUUCAUAUUAUUAUUGUUUCUUACAUACACAGUAGUUAUACCAUUUUUGCAAUCUAUAUGGCUUGUGAUUUAAGAUUGUGAUGUAUUCGAAUUUUAUUUACGUACCUACUUCGUACUUCUUAUACCCGUUACCGUGAAGUUACUAAUAUUACAUGUAUUUUAUAGUAGUAUUUAAUUUAAAUAAGCCCCUAUAAUUACUAUUUUUUAU